AUGAGACCACCCGUCCUGUUCCAUCCUCAAUUGCGCUCCGCGCUUCCCCGAUCUGUGCGGAGAGAGCUCUGCAGCAACCUGGUAUUCAUUCGCCCAAAGACGACACGCAGCGCUCCUCAACCUCCUAAGAACGAAUCUCCUUCCCUGAAACCGAAACCUGCCAGCAGCAAUGUACCGCGAGCCUCCCCGCCUACCUCCGCCGGAAAAGCGAAAAAAGGUCCCCUGCGAGGACCUCCAGAAAAGAUCUUAAUCUACCAUGGGGGAACCGGUCGCACUAUGUUUCUGGGGAUGUUGCGGAUAACAACUAUCUUCCUUUUUGGAGUUUCUUGCCUGGUGGUUGCUCCAGCCUUCAUGUCUUCGGACUUCCCAUCAUAUCUAGGACCAGCUAUCGUCGUUGGUGGUGCUUUGCCCAUGUUCUUUGUAGCCUAUACCUCCGCCCCAUACGUGAACUUUGUCCACCUUGCCUUGCCUAUAUCCGUUCGGCGAUCGCGAGAGCAAGCCGUGCAAUAUGCGAAGAAGCUCCCCCCAACCGCGACAUUAUAUUUGAACACUAUGAAAUUCAAUACCAUACCGAGACAAUCCGAGGUGCGAUUUAGUGAUCUUGUCCCCGAUAAGUCCCCGAUUCGCCCUGUGAGCUUUCGGAACAAGAACCCUGUUCCGUUGCCUUGGUGGCGGGGUAAGACUCUACAGCAUUUCUUUACAGCAGAGACAAGCAAACCCGGCAAGGAGUCAUCUACAUUCUAUCCGGAGUUGUGGGAGCACGUUUACAAACAGAUACAAAACCGUCCUCGAGGGUAA